AUGAGUGGGAGGAUCCUCUCCCAUAGACUGGCCCCGCUCUUGCGGAACGGUCAUCUAGCUCGUCAUAUUCACAAUGCAGGCUCGAGGACCGGCGGCCUGCUACGCGCAGAUGGUGGCGCUGCCCUCAGAGGACGCGCAUGGCCAGUGGGCUCGAAUUCUAUUCACAAUGUCCCUGCAGUUCGAUCCAUCUCGUUCGCACGAAUGCUUCCGAAGCUAGCGCUCAAACUUGUCAGAGUCCCGGCUAUGUUCGGCGGUGCGACAGUCGCCGGUCUGGCGUAUUUCCAAUAUCAAGCAACUCAGGCCGGUAACUAUGCGAUGGACGUCUUCAAGCAGGCCUCGGAGACCGCGGGCAACACGGCAUCGACCCUAUUCCAAGGACUGCAAGACAUGGCGGAUCAGACACAACGCGGGUGGAACAAGACAACCGAAGAUAUUGAAAUGCCUGAUUGGUUGCAGAAGGUACUUCGCCUGGACGAAGAGUCCAAGUCUAAAAAGGGUGAUUCAUCUGGUGGUGAUGGAGGCAAAGAGCCGAAACAAAGCCGGGCAGGAACUGCUGCCGCUGCUACUACUGCGGCGUUCGGCUACGAUCAGUCAAAGGAGGAGGACUCCCGUCCAGAGAGAGAUGCUGCUGCGGAUGAUCAAAUGAUGCUUCUCACACGCAAAAUGAUCGAAAUUCGAAAUAUCCUCCAGACCAUCGGCCAGUCUAACACACUUACCCUUCCUUCAAUCGUCGUGAUCGGGUCCCAAUCAUCGGGCAAAAGUUCGGUUCUUGAGGCUAUCGUCGGCCACGAGUUCUUGCCCAAGGGCUCCAAUAUGGUAACUCGGCGACCAAUCGAGCUCACAUUGGUCAACACCCCCAAUGCUCAGGCCGAGUAUGGCGAAUUCCCUGCAUUGGGUCUUGGAAAGAUCACAGACUUCUCUCAAGUUCAGCGCACACUCACAGAUCUGAACCUUGCUGUUCCUGAGAAAGACUGCGUCUCAGACGAUCCCAUUCAACUCACGAUAUACUCUCCCAACGUCCCCGAUCUAUCUUUGAUCGACUUGCCAGGGUAUAUCCAGGUCGCGGGUCACGAUCAGCCCCCAGAGCUCAAGCAAAAGAUUGCUGAUCUUUGCGAUAAAUACAUUCAACCACCAAAUGUUAUCUUGGCGAUCUCAGCCGCUGAUGUUGACUUGGCAAACUCAACAGCCCUCCGAGCCAGUCGUCGAGUAGAUCCUCGGGGCGAACGGACCAUAGGUGUGAUCACAAAGAUGGACCUUGUCAGUCCGGAACGUGGUCAUGAUGUCCUUUCCGAUAAGAAAUACCCUCUUCGACUAGGAUACGUGGGUGUUGUCAGCCGAAUCCCUCAGACCACAGCUCUCUUCUCCAGGGGCUCUGGAAAUGUUACCAGCGCUAUCCUCAAGAAUGAACAGGCCUACUUCUCUGCACAUCCGGCUGAAUUCGGUCCUCAGUCCGAUGUCUCCGUUGGUGUUUCGACACUACGGAAGACGCUAAUGCACGUCCUAGAGCAGACCAUGGCAUCUAGCCUGUCUGGUACCAAGGACGCGAUUAGUCAAGAGCUUGAGGAGGCAACUUACGAGUUCAAAGUUCAAUAUAAUGACAGACCUCUGAGUGCAGAGUCCCACUUGGCUGAGAGCCUUGAUGCAUUCAAGCACUCCUUCAAGGCGUUUGCUGAAAGCUUUGGUCGACCGCAGGUCCGGGAGAUGCUCAAAGCAGAAUUGGACCAGCGGGUCAUGGACAUAUUAGCACAGCGUUACUGGAACAAGCCAAUCGAGGACUUAGAUCCUCCGAUGCUGGAGUUGGAUCCCCUCAAGGACCUCCCCAAAGCCGACCCCGAGUCGAUGUAUUGGCACCGGAAGCUUGAUGCCUCCACCUCAUCAUUGACCAAGCUUGGAAUUGGCCGCUUAGCAACAACUGUUGUCGCCAAUGCUCUCCAUAAACAUGUGGACUCGCUUCUCGCCAACUCAACGUUCGCCUCCCACCCUGGUGCUCACAAACAGAUCACCGAUGCAUGCACGGGUAUUCUGAACGACAGGUUCUUCAGCACCAGCGAUCAAGUCGAGAAUUGCAUCAAGCCCUACAAGUAUGAGAUUGAAGUUGAGGAUUCCGAAUGGGCCAAAGGCAGGGACAAUGUCGGUAAAGUUCUCAAGGAAGAGCUUAAGGCCUGCGAGUCAGCCCUGAAGCAUGUGGAAGAUGCCGUUGGCAAGCGAAAACUGAAAGACGUCAUUUCGUUCAUUGAUAGAGUGCGAAAGGGCGACCUGGUCUUAGAGGGUAACGGUGAAGGUGGUGCGGGCGGUUUCAGCGCUGCCUUGCUAGAGAAAGGACGAGAGGGUCUUUUCCUUCGAGACCGAGCGGACAUCAUCAAGAUGCGACUUCUCGCCGUCCGUUCCAAGCAAUGCGCAACGCAAAAGAACAAGUACUACUGCCCAGAAGUCUUCCUGGAUGUCGUCGCCGACAAGUUGACCUCCACGGCUGUCCUAUUCCUCAACGUCGAGCUUUUAUCUGAAUUCUACUACAAUUUCCCCCGCGAGCUGGAUUCCAGGCUGGGACGUCACCUUUCCGACGCCGAGGUCGAGCGCUUUGCCCGCGAGGACCCCCGUAUCCGCCGUCACCUGGACAUCAUCCGCAAGAAGGAGCUGUUGGAGAUGGCUCUGCAGAAGAUCGAGAGCAUCCGACAGCUCGACGGCCACGCCCGUAAACCAGGCCGUGCAAUCCCUGGAAAAGAGACCCGCAGCCGUUGGAACCUCUUCUAG